CAUUGAUGCAAUGCUUCCAGCCCAUGCUCUGUCACUACCAGAUGUCCGCUUCUUUCCAAAAGAUGGUAGAUAAACUCAAUUCGAUGAAUCGGGUAGAUGGUGAUGAUGAAUUUUGGAUAGAAGAGAAGUUGGAUGGUGAGCGGAUGCAAUUGCACAUGGAAGAGGACGACGAGACCCCUGGUGGCAAGAGAUUCCGCUUCUGGUCGAGGAAGGCCAAAGAUUACACAUAUCUUUAUGGCAACGGCUUCAGAGAUGAGAACGGUUCAUUAACCCGUCAUCUUAAGGAUGCCUUCGCCCCUGGGGUCAGAAACGUCAUCCUUGACGGCGAAAUGGUCGUAUGGGAUCCAGAACUCGACAAGGUGCUAAAGUUUGGCACUUUGAAGACAGCAGCACUCGCAGGACAGAAAAACCCACAUGAUGACAGUGCGCCUCGACCGGUUCUUCGCAUAUUUGAUAUCCUGUACUUAAACGAUCAACCUCUUACCCAGUACACCUUGCGAGAUCGCCGAAAAGCACUCGAAAAGGCCGUUCUAGGUGUACCAUAUAGAUUGGAAGUCCACAAGUAUGAUACAGCUACCUCAGCAGAGGUGAUCGAGCCUAUGCUCCGGAAAAUUGUCUCUGACGCUUCCGAAGGGUUGGUCAUCAAAAACCCGCGGUCCAUGUAUUCCUUGGCAGACCGGAGCGAUAACUGGAUCAAAGUCAAACCCGAAUACAUGAGCGGCUUCGGUGAGUCGGUAGACGUCGUUAUUAUAGGUGGAUAUUACGGGAAGGGUCAUCGUGGCGGUGCGAUCGGAUCCUAUCUCUGCGGCCUCCGAGCUUCAGAGAACGACAUAAAAGCUGGAGCUAACCCGGAGACAUGCUUUAGCUUCGUCAAGGUGGGCGGUGGUUUUCGUGCGGAAGAUUUUGCGGAUAUCCGACACCAUACAGAUGGGAAAUGGAAGCAAUGGGACUCGAAAAAGCCGCCGAGUAAAUACAUUCAGCUGGCUGGUGGGGAGAGACACCAAAUUCUCAGACCUGACGAGUGGAUUCGCCCGAGCGAUUCUAUCGUCAUAUCCGUGAAAGCUGCCAGUGCCGGGGAGUCAGAUCAGUUUGCUACGGGUAUAACUUUGCGAUUUCCACGGUUCAAGGGUAUACGGUUUGACCGAAGCUGGGACUCGUGUCUAGAUUUUCAAGGAUUCGUGGACAUGAAGUCUCGCGCUGAGAAGGAGAAUGAGGAAAAGACUAUGAAUAUGGAGUCGCGCCGGAAACGGUCGGCCAAGAGAGUCAAAAAGGAUAUCAUCAUCGCCGGUCAAGAUAACAUCGCACCAGCCAUGUUCGAAGGCCCUAAAACAAAAGUAUUUGAGGGACUAGACUUCUGCGUUUUAUCGGAUUGCACGAAUCCGGUUAAGAAAUCGAAGACGCAACUCGAGACGCUGAUCAAGGAAAACGGCGGCAAGAUAUACCAAAGAGCCGAUCCAGAAAGUCACAUGCUUCUCAUUGCCGAGAAGAGAGUGGUUAAGGUGGCCAGCCUGCUGAAAGCUAGAGAUAUAGAUAUUAUCAAGCCAAAAUGGAUACUCGACUGCCUCGCGCAGCAUGAUAAGGAUUUCCUACUUCCUUUUGAAUCCGGCCACUUAUUCCAUGCCACAGAGACCACGACUCAGCUUGCAGAAGAAAAUGUGGACGAAUUCGGUGAUAGCUACGCUAGGGAUCUAAGUGUAAAGGAGCUGGAUCAGGUACUCAAGUCGAUGCCAAAGAGAGUAGUAAUCGUGGGAGAACCUUUUGAUAAGGAAGGGUUCCUCAACCAGUUAGCAGAGCACGGUCAUGAUAUGGGCAGUUUGAGGAGUUGCAUUUUCAGGGGCGCGAAAGUGCAUUUUGCAACGACGGACGACGUCUCCCCUAUAUCAUGCCUCAAGUUGAAGAAUUGGGUCAAAUAUGGAGGUGGGUCUGUGGUUGAUGAUUUGGGCGAUAAGAAUAUUACACAUGUAGUCGUGAUGAGCAGUAAUCGGACUGGGGAGAUGGAGCGGGCGGCAGAGGUACGCUCAUCUAUUAGUUCCAGGACCCCUGUUCCUAGAGUGGUAUCGCGGCAAUGGGUUGAGGAUUGUUGGAAGAACCGCACGACGGUAGACGAGGAACGGUACGAACCGUUAUAAUAAUUCACCCUGACAAUUCACUUAGGUAGCAACGAAUAGU